GCGAGUGUAUUUUGCCCACAGAAGCAAGAUAUCCCUGUAGAGUUGGUUACAGGUGGUUGAGAGCCGCCUGAUGUGGGUGAUGGGGAUCGAACUCGGAUCCCCUGGAAAAGGAAAUACGUGCUGCUCACCGCUGAGCCAUCUUUUCCACCCCCAUCAAUCUUUCUUUGAAAAUAAACUGUCUACCUUGUCUUUAAUGUUCGAGAGGAAUUUAUGGUGGGCGCCUCGCGUUUUCAAACGGGUUUUUUUUUGCGACUGUGAGUCUCAGGAAAUGAGGGAUCCUCUCCCCUCUUCUCCUUUCGGUCCUCCUGCUCUCUCUUGCUGGUCCCUCUACCCAGACCCUGAUGUCAUUAUGCCGCGGGGGUUGCGUACGGGGCGGGAGCACGAAGGUCUCUUCCAGGCGGCCGGGCAGUCUGCUGGCAGGUGGCUGGCUGGGUUUGCCCCGCCCCCGGCCCUCGCCCCGCCCCGCUGCUCCGCUCGCAUUGGCGCGGCCAGCUGUCUCUCUCCGCACUGGGGAGGGGGCGUGCGGCUGCGGUCCCUCUGCAGAGGGCUACGCGCUCCGCGGCUUCCGGAGCUCCCCGUUGUUUGGGCCCGUGCGCCUCGACCUCGGGAGCAGAGCUGGCCCGAGACCGCGGCGCUCUGGGUAAGUAGAGGCAGGACCAGAGGCUCUGGGUCAGGAUCGGAUGCACUGAGUCCCUAGUGGGCAGGUGACGGCGGCGGCAGAACCAGGGUCCGGGUCACCAGACAGCGAGGGGCGCGGACUGCAAGGUCGCCUGGUCCUCAGGCGUCUCCAGGUUGGUCUUUGGAUAGAGGAGACGUUUACCCAGGAAAGAGCUUUCAUUCAAAGGGGAAAUUAAAGGAAGAAAUCGCAAGGCGUUUGUGUCCUGAAGAAGCCGCCGAAACAGCUGUGGAGUGAAAGGGUGGACACCCGGGAGAAGCCGGGCUUGGUGUGAUAUUUUUGUCACAAAGGACUUCAAGAAGAAGAGAGAAGACACUCCUCAGAGAAUGAAAGAGUCUAGCGUGAAAAUGGAGAGUGGAGCUUCUGAGAUUCAGAUAGAAACGAAGGAUGAAAAAGACCCAGGGGCUGUGUGUCCUCAGAAAGAGAGGCAGGAGAGGAACAGAGCCACGCUCUGCUUCAAGAGAAGGAAGAAAGCAAGCAAGAUGAAGUCUAAGGUUGCUUCCAAGACUGCCGAGGAGACCAAGACACGUCCCCCAGAAGCCGGGGCCUCUGAUCAGCCACAGCCAGCCGGGGCCUGGGCCUCCAUCAAACGCCUUGUGACACCUAGGAAAAGGUCAGCGUCUUCGAAGACGCAGAAGCCAUCUGCGGCUGAAGUGCAGUCCGAGGACGCAGCUCUUCCUAAGAAAAAGGCAAAAUCCAGACUUAAGAUUCCUUGCAUAAGAUUCUCAAGAGGGGCAAAGAGAAGUCGUCAUUCUAAACUCACAGAAGACUCAGACUACAACAUGGGAGUCCAGCAGAGAGGGGCUGAGGAUUUGGAGAUAAAACCCCAGACCCAGCCGGCUGACCUGACAAGCCAGGCUAAGUCUACACAGGGCCCAGUGUUGGUGGAAGAGGGUAAAGAUGUCCAAGAACCGCAGGUCAGCAAUGUCACAUCUGGAGAGAAUGUGAUUUCUGUAGAACUGGAAUUAAAAGAUGAGUCUUCUGCUAUUCAGACGGGAACUCCCGUGCUGGGAAAGGAAGCUGAAGUGAUUAAGGAAAAGCCAAGUGUACAGGCGCAGCAAGCAAGUCCACUUGAGAAUUCAGAAGCAGACAGCCCCUGUCCAGUGGCUUCUCGUGUUCCUGCCUCACCAGCCACUGCGUAUCAACACAGUGUCGACAAACCCAGUGACAGCAUCCGAGACCGUGCACCCAGUGCGAAAGAUGACAGAAGUAGAGAAGGUGCUGCUGAAGAAAAGAAAGCAAGUGACAUUGUGCAGGGCCAGGUGGAAGAAACCCCACUGAGUCAGGCAGAGGAAGCUGCUGUCAGCCAGGCAGACAAAAGUGCUGUGGGCCAGGCAAAGAAAGCUGUAGUGGCCCAGGAAAAGGAAGUUGUAGUGGCCCAGGAAAAGGAAGCCGUAGUGGCCCAGACAGAGGAAGCUUUCAUGGCCAAGGCAGAAGAAACUGUAGUGGCCCAGGUGGAGGAAGCUGUUGUGAUCAAAGCAGAGAAAGCUGUCGUGGCCAAGGCACAGGAAGCUGUCGUGGCCAAGGCAGAGGAAGGUGUCGUGGCCAAGGCAGAGGAAGGUAUCGUGGCCAAGGCACAGGAAGCUGUCGUGGCCAAGGCACAGGAAGCUGUCAUGGCCAAGGCAGAGGAAGCUGUCAUGGCCCAGGCGAAGGAAGCUGUCGUGGCCCACACGAAGGAAGCCGUCAUGGCCCACGCGAAGGAAGCUGUCGUGGCCCAGGCGGAGGAAGCUGUCAUGGCCCAGGCAGAGGAAACUGUUGUGGCCCUGGUGGAGGAAACUGUAGUGGUCCAGGCAGAGAAAGCUCUCGUGGCCCAGGCGAAGGAAGCUCUUGUGGCCCAGGCAGAGAAAGCUCUCGUGGCCCAGACAGAGGAAGCUCUCGUGGCCCAGACAGAGGACGCUCUCGUGGCCCAGGCAGAGGAAACUGUAGUGGCCCAGGCAGAGGAAACUGUCGUGGCCCUGACAGGGGAAACUCUCGUGGCCCAGGCAGAGGAAACUGUCGUGGCCCAGGCAGAGGAAGCUUUCGUGGCCCAGGCAGAUGAAACUGUCGUGGCCCAGGCAGAGGAAGCUGUAAUGGCCCAGGCACCAGAUCUGAAAGAAAAUGGAAUUGAUACAGAGAAACCUAGAUCAGAGGAAUGCAAAAGAAUGGAGCCAAUUGCUAUUAUCAUUACAGACACUGAAAUCAGUGAAUUUGAUGUUAAGAAAUCUAAAAAUGUCCCUAAGCAAUUCCUAAUGUCAAUGGAAAAUGAGCAAGUAGGGGUUUUUGCUAAUGAUAGUGAUUUCGAAGGGAGAACUUCAGAACAAUAUGAAACACUGUUAAUAGAAACAGCCUCUUCCCUCGUCAAGAAUGCUAUCCAGUUGUCUGUAGAACAGCUGGUUAAUGAAAUGGUUUCCGAGGAUAAUAAAAUAAAUACUCUUUUACAGUGACUUCAAUUCCCAGAUCAUGGGAAAGGAAAAAAAAACUUUAAAGAUGAAUUAUUUUAUACAUUUGUGACACUUCUUUCUCAGUAAUAAAUUCCAUCUGUGGAAUUUAAAGGUACGGUUCCAACCCGGAAGGGCUGAAGAAUAAAUGAAGUUUAUAAAACUCACCCAAACACAGUCGCUUCUGGCUGGAGGGAGACAGUCAGCACAAAUCACAGGACGCAGUGACACACAGGAAGGUGCAGAAGUGACCAGUGAUGAGUUCUGUGCUCUGAGGAAGACUACUUACUGAACACUUGGUAUGCUUACGCUCCCUGCUGUUCCCCAGCGUCACGAAGUCUGGCUUUUUUCUGACGGGUCAACCCCGUGUAAAGGCGAACGCCGCCUUUGCUUUGCUUUUACAGUAUAUUUUCUCAUGGUGAGUCAGGUGAGAGGGUUUCUAGUCCCGCACAAGCUCCUUCCAAAAGCCAUUCCCAGGUUCCUUCAGCCAGGCGAGUGUUAACAAGUAUGUAAGCGUGGCAACCGGGAGUGUGUUUUCUCACCCCGUCUUCUGCCCAGCAGACUUGUACAUACCCAUCUCCGUGUGGACUAUCUGCUGAGACGUUAGAAACAAACACAUAAAGGGAAUAGUCUGUUUCAUCCAGAAGGCAAACUCCCCAGAUGACGGAGGAUUCCCUCUAGCGGAACGACUUCUGGAGGCCCAGGAAAACCGUAAUAUCCUUCUGAAAGUGUUUCUUCUUGGCCAAACGUGAACUAUGUAUACGAGUGAAUAAAAAGUCAAAAUUCAUGCUAAAGCAUAGGUUUUCAACACCGGUGUUUUUCCGAUGUGUCUAGCCAUGAUAGUGUAACAUGCUUCCCAGCCCCGCGGGUUAGGGUUCAUACUGUACAGCACCCUGCCCCACUCUCUGACCCAGUGAUGAUGUUAAAGGCAGUGCAGAUGGGGGAGGGGGCUGAUGGAGAGCAUCCUCCGGAGGCGGGAGCUCCAGUGGUUUUCAUCUGCCCUGCACUUAGCAGUAAUGAUGGCCUGCAUAUGUGUACAUUGCUUUCUCCUGUCCUUUCAGUUUGUAAAUACCUAUUGUGAUCUCUUACAGAAGUAACCAACGUGGCUUUGGAAUUUAACCAAAUGCUGGAUGUUUAGCAAGAUUCUUGGCUGGAAUGUGAAACUCCUUUUUUCAGGCUUGCCUGUCUUUAUGUUUUCAACAGGCAAUGGGGGCAUCAUUCAAUUUAGAGAGAUAAAAACACACGACUGCCCCCCCCAUACAUUUCUUUUAAUUGUGUACCUUUUAGACGUGAAACCAAAUCACUGCUAAAUCAUCUUUGAGAGAAUAACCCACUGUGUAUGGUGCUAAUAGACUUGUAUAGCUACCAGCAAAUAUGUUUAAAAUGAGCAGUUUUAAAUGCCUGAUUAAGGUUGGUGCAAUUUGCAGUAUUUUAAAUAACCCUGUAUCUAUUUACUAUUAGAAUGGCUCCAGGCCAAUAUACUUGCAUUAAAGUUUCUAAUAAUCUCUUAUGAAUGAGAAAAAGCUAUAAAAUAUACAGCACUUAGCAAUUAGUAAGGGUAUUUUAGAUUUGGGGAUCUUGAAAAACGGAAAGUAACUACGUAAUUUUGGAGGUAAAAAAUUAGCCCCAAGUUUCAAGUUUUAGUGUGUGUGUGUGUGUGUGUGUGUGUGUUCCUUAUACUGCUGUUUGAUAAAUACACCUUUGGUUAGGAGCCAUUAUGAUUGAUUGAUUGUUUUUAUAAGAAAAUAUAUUCUUCUUCAUUCUUAAUUGGUUUCUCUGGCUUUUCUAGGGACUUAAAGAGCGUUUCUGUCUGGAAACAGGAUGCAGAAAUUCAUCAGUGGGUUGCGAUCUGAUAUAUCUGCUAUGUGGCCAAAUUAUAGAGGAAUUUAGGGUGGUCCAAACUGUUCCAUUGUUAUAAAGAAAAAAAGCAGGAAUCAGAUAGCUUGGAAGUCUACUAUAAAAUAUUUUAUUAUGACAGGAUGCAUUUCAAGCAGUUUGACCUUCUGUGAAAAAUAUGUAGAAAGAUUCUGACUCAGUUUACACCCUUUUGGCCUUAAACCAACCAGUUUAAAGGAAUCAAUUUAGGCAUCAUUAAUCACUCACAGGAAUUUUAAUUGAAAUUUGCCUUUAAUGAACAUUUAUCAGCUAGACUCUAAUUUCUUUUUGAAGGCGGGGGAGGCUUAUCAGCUACUUAACAAUUUUUCAAUAUAUUAUCUUCACUUCCUUAAGAGUCAAGCAUUAUUCACUCCACUUACAAGACAGAGACUAUGAGCACUUGCCAAGAUGUGUGUGUGUGUGUGUGUGUGUGUGUCACUAUUCCUUUAACAUUUUUUUUUUCAAAGCACUUUUUAGGAUAUUAAAAAUAGUACCUGGUAACAUUUAAGUAAAGGUAGCAGAAAACAAAAGAACUUUCCAACAGAAAUCAUGUUCCUUGCCACCUCCUCCACCUCCAAGAAUAAAGAGCAGGUAGCACGAACGGAGCUCUUCAGAGAAGCUGUCUGCAUAAUUCUCCUCCACGGCAAUGGGCUUGACAGCGCCAAGAUGGCAAUGAUCUUAAUUGGUCUACUAUCUGGUGGCAUCUGAGACGAGGUGAGGCUCUUGGCCUGUGAGAAGGCCCUGGGCCAGCCUUGCCUGUACGCAUGGCCCAGAGUUUGUUCCAUCGGCAAAUGUCUAACUUCAAUUUGCCUUAAUUUUUAUAGUUGAGAAUUUUUUAGGGGUUGUGUCAGACUUUUUAAAAUAAUUGUUAGACUUUCGAACCCUGUUGUUUGAAAAGAUCCUUCUGUCGGCUUUACUGAGUAAGUGUGUUCUACUUCCUAGUUUAAUACUAACUGCGCCAGGAUUUGACUUUUCUGCCUGCCAUUUUUGCAUUUUUUUAAUAUCUUCAUUUAAACUGUAGAGUUUCUUUAGGUUCAAAUUCCUGUCUUACUGUGUAACAAAGUUUCUUAUAUGGAAUUAAGAUAUUCAAUCCAUACUGCAUUUUAUCACAUUUUUAACAAGAAUUUUUUGUAAUGAUCCUUGACAAAAGUUUAUUAGGAUGAAUCUACACAAAGUAUGUGUCCCCCGAUUAGGUUAGAUCCAACAUGUAUUAGGCUUAACGCCUAUCGAUGUCUUGGUAGUAGGACCUCCCACAGCUCAUCCUGGGCAGGGUGUGUGUAUGUGUGUGUGUGUGUGUGUGUGUGUGUGUGUUGGAAGGAAAGAAGUGGCAACAGAAGCCAGGAUGGGGAAAAGCAGCCACAGACAAAGCAAAAAGAUAAAUGCCAAUCAGGGAAGUAGAAAGAGUGUUUCUGUCUGGAAAGGGGGACUGGGACCCGAAUAUAGUGGCAGUCUGAACACAAACACUGUAUCCAUUCUGAUUUGUGACCAGGUGCAGGAAGAAGGCCUGUACAAUGCCACACAUGUCGGGUCUUUGCCAUAGAAAUGUUAAGUGGAUGAGCCAUUAAAAAGUAAGAGUAACCAUUUUGUAUCCUCAUUAAAAUUAGUAUUUCUGUGAAUCAGAGGCGCAUAUUCAAGAGAGAAUAUUCUGUAGAGAAAAAGUUUUCAAGUUGAAUUAAUUCAUGUACUGACGAAUACAGAAUAAAUGUUAUAUUAACUUAUUUAUUUUAUCUGUGUCUUUAAAAAGGGAUAUGGUAACUUAUAUUAAUUUCCUAAAACUGUAAAGAUCACACUAAUGAGAAAACUUAGUUCUGUAAAAAGUUCCACUCUGCUAGGGAUUACAGAGACAUUUCAACCCAGGCCUAAAGGAGUUCACCUCCAGCAAAGAAACGCAAACAAAACUCCGAACAGACACAACUGUAAAAACAGACCGUUCUGAAUGUGAUGCCAUCUGAACCCAGUGGCAAAGCGACAUGCUCAGUCCCCGAGACCUCAAAACCAAAUCAAACAAACAAAAGGGAAGGUUUCACUGUUCCUUACCUAUUGCAUCAGUUGCUUUUCUGGGGCUUUUUGGCGGGGCUUGUUUGUUGUUUUUUUGAGACAGGGUUUCUCUGACUGUUCUGGAACUCACUCUGUAGACCAGGCUGGCCUCAAACUCAAGAUCCAACUGCCUCUGCCUCCCAAGUUCUGGGAUUAGAGGUGUGCGCCGCCACCACCCAGCCUGUCUUUUCUGUAUUGUUAGUCUGUGAAUUGUUAGUAAUCCUUAUGGUUUCAUAACGAGCCACAGUGUGGAAGGGCUUACGUUAGCCACAUGAUAUCAACUUCAGCUGCUUGUUUCACAGGUUUGAUUUCCUAAAGCCCUCAUUUCAUUCUGCUCCCACUACUUCCAUUGUACUGUAAGACAGGCAAGCCUUGAGCAUCCUCCUGCCUCAGCCUCCCAAGUGCUGGGAUUAUAGGUGUGCACCAUCACACCAUUUAGUGGCGCUGACCCCCAACCUCAGAUCCACAUUUUACAUCUGAGAUUUAUAUACCUACCGCACGUGUGUUGUUGCUAUGACAACAUACCUGGAGAAAGCAACCCAAGGGGAGAUUUAUCUUGGUUCAUGGUUUGAGGGGUACAAGCCAUGGACUUCUUCAGGCAGCAGGUCACAUUGCAUCCACCUCAGGAAACAGAGAGGAUGAACGGUAGCUCUCAGCUUCUUCUCUUCUGUCUGUUCAGCACAGGGCCCUAGCUCAUGGAAGAGGGCCACCCAUGGUUAAAGUGGGUCUUCCCACUCAAGUAACCUGAUCCACAUACUCUCUCACAGACGUGCCUAGAAGCUAUCUCCUAGGUGUGGUCAAUCAAAAUUAGCGAGCUAGGUGUGGUGGCACAUGUCUUUAAUCCCAGGCAGAGGCAGGAGGAUCUCUGUGAGUUUGAGGCGAGCCUGGUCUACAUAACAAU